CCUCUUUCUCCUUCCGCACGGCCGCCGGGUUUCCGCUUCCCGCCCAGGCGCGGGGCGAGAGGGAGGCCGCGCGCCCUCGGCCCUGCGCCGCCGCCAUGUGGCCCCCCGACGCCGACCCCGACCCGGACCCCGAGCCCGCGCGCGACUCCCGGGGGGGCGCCGCGGUGCCCGGGCUCCGCGCGCUGCUGCCGGCGCGCGCCUUCCUGUGCUCGCUCAAAGGCCGCCUCCUGCUGGCCGAGUCGGGUCUCUCGUUCAUCACUUUCAUCUGCUAUGUGGUGUCCUCGGCAUCCGCAUUCCUCACAGUGCCUCUGCUGGAGUUCCUGCUGGCCCUCUACUUCCUCUUUGCAGAUGCCAUGCAGCUGAAUGACAAGUGGCAGGGCUUGUGCUGGCCUAUGAUGGACUUCCUGCGAUGUGUUACUGCCGCUCUCAUCUACUUUGUCAUCUCCAUCACAGCUGUCGCCAAAUAUUCUGAUGGGUCAUACAAAGCAGCCGGGGUUUUUGGCUUCUUUGCCACCAUCGUCUUUGCAGUUGAUUUCUACCUGAUCUUUAAUCAAGUAGCCAAAUUCCUCAAGCAAGGGGACUCUACUGGUGCAGAUGAAACCACAGCCCACAGGGCAGAAGAAGAGAAUUCCGACUCUGACUCUGACUGAGGGCCCGCUCACCUGGGGCUUUGGCACCUGUACCUUCUGACACAGCUGCUGGAAGCCUGGCCUGGCCAUGGACAUUGCGAUGAGGGGAGGCUGCUGUCUGGGCCUCCCCAAAGCCUCAAGUUUCCAUCCUGAGCCCAGCAUUCAACACUGCAACCCCGGGCUUGGCUCAGCUAAACCACUCCGCAUACCAGGACACUUUGGGUACUCUACCUUCUCCCCAUUUCUGUCACAUAAACCCUAAGCCCUUUAACCCUGCUGUCAACAACAGGCAGACCACUAGUAUCCAGCCUGCCACACCACAGUUUGUGCUGCAGGGUGGGGGUCGCCUAUGUCUGCCUAACGGGCCCCUGUGGGCUCUGUCUGCACAGGUGCCGCUGCUUAUGCUGACACUUUUUGAGAACACCACUUUAGGAAUCUUCAGUUCCAGGAGCUAAAGCAGGGAGAAACUGACCUUGACCUUACUCUCUAGGCAUGGGUCUCGGCACCCACAUCUGACAUCUCACACCCCAGAACCACAUCUUAUUCAGGUGAGAUGACUGGUCUGGGUCUAAGACUCUCAGAGAAGAGCUCAAGCCUCGCUGGCCAGGGCCAACAGACAGAGGGAGCCAGUCAGUGACUGUGGCUUGGCAGCUGGGCGGGCCCAGCUAAACCUCUCCUUUUGCUGGAGGCCAGUGUUCUAAGGACCGUAAAGACUAUGUGCUUCCCUGUGGCUAUCAGAGCAAUUCUGUGACCACCUCCUGAGAAAUGAGACAAGCCUUCUGCAUUCACCUGAGGACUUAACAUUUUUCAUGUAUCUUUGAUGGGUUUUGUAGCUUUUUAUAGUUUUAUAUAUAUACAAAAAGCAGCUUAACAGAUAUUUUCUGUGACCUAAGAGGCCCUGUGAAUGAGCCAGAGUUCUGGGCCCAUGUUUUAGACAUUUGUGACUUUAUUCUAUUUGUGCAUGUGAACCUCGUACCCUGAAAAAGCCAUAAUGGAUUAAACCAGACUGACAACCUA